CUGCGUGUCACUAGUUUCAGUUACGAAGGCAGAAGAGAGAGAGACUGGACCGUUAUUCUCGACUGUCUGGCAGCCGACCUUUGUUGUUUUAAAACCAGGUUCGUCAGGAAACUUUAUAGUAAAACGUUCUGAAGUAUCCGCAACUACUUGAAUAUUUUAACACCGAUAUAUUUGUUUUCCCCCAAAAUAUAUCUCUCUUCGUCAAUGAUGUGCCAAAGAAAGAUUGAAAUCCUGUCCCAUCACAGAAGAUGCAUUUUGGAUGUAUGUUUUGUAUUUUUAUCCGUUUCGAUGGUUUGUUCUUAUAACAUCGAUUUAGACCAUCCCGUGGUUUUCCGUGGGCUAAAUGGGACAUUCUUUGGAUAUUCCGUCCUCGAACACUUUCACGAUAAUACACGUUGGGUGCUGGUAGGAGCCCCUAAAGCAAACUCUUCUUUCAGCAGCUCAGUGCACACCCCUGGAGCGGUCUACAAGUGCCGUGUGCACAGCAAUCCCAACCGGCGCUGUACGGAGAUGGACCUUGGACGAGGCAACAAACAGAGGCAGUCAUGUGGAAAGACAUGUCAGGGGGACCGGGACAACGAGUGGAUGGGAGUAAGCCUGGCACGGCAGGACAAGCCCAGCGGAAACGUGCUGGCCUGUGCUCACCGCUGGAAGAAUGUCUACUAUGAAUCAGAGCAGAUCCUUCCGCAUGGCUAUUGCUCUGUGAUUCCCUCAACACUACAGGGCAGUGCGCGAGCUCUCAUCCCCUGCUAUGAAGACUAUAAGAAGACAUAUGGAGAAGAGCAUGGCUCGUGCCAGGCUGGGAUUGCAGGCGUUUUUACUGAGGAGCUGGUGGUGAUGGGGGCUCCAGGGUCAUACUACUGGACUGGAACUGUCAAGGUCUAUAACGUGACCUCCAACAUGUUCUACAACCUCUACAAGGAUGGUGUAAACUCACACAGAUACAGCUACCUAGGAUAUGCAGUGACAGCUGGUCACUUCUCUUCUCCCACGGCGACAGAUGUUGUCGGGGGGGCACCUCAGGAUGGGGGAGAAGGAAAGGUUUACAUUUUCCGAAUUGAGAGUGGAUCUCUUGUGAAGAUUUUUCAAGCCUCAGGGAAAAUGAUGGGCUCUUACUUUGGCUCCUCAUUAUGUGCAGCUGACCUGAACCAGGACAGCCUGUCGGACCUGCUGGUAGGAGCCCCCAUGCACAGUGUGGUCCGUGAUGAGGGACAGGUGUCCGUCUACCUCAACAGGGGCAAUGGGCUGAUGGAAGAGAUUGAAGUCUUGAAUGGAGACAACGCUUACAAUGCCCAUUUUGGAGAGUGCAUCACCUCGCUGGGGGACAUUGAUGAUGAUGGGUACCAAGAUGUGGCCAUAGGAGCUCCCAAAGAGGAUGACUAUGCCGGAGCGGUCUACAUUUAUCAUGGCGACCCCAAGGGGAUAGUCAACAAAUACUCCAUGAGGCUGUCCGGACAGAGGAUUGACUCAACACUGCGCAUGUUUGGCCAGUCCAUCUCUGGCACUGUGGACAUGGAUGGAAAUGGCUAUCCAGAUGUAACGAUUGGGGCUUUCAUGUCUGACAGCGUGGUGCUACUGAGGUCCAGGCCGGUCAUCACCAUGGACAUAACCAUAUUCCUGCCGGUGUCCAUCAACAUCACGACGCCACAGUGUCACGAUGGCUUGCUCAACCUCAACUGCCUCAAUGUCACCCUCUGCCUGCGCUUCCAAGGCAAACAGGUGCCAGGAAAAAUAGAGCUGAUCUACAACCUGACAGCUGAUGUGACGAAGCGUCAGAGGGGCCAGCCAUCCCGAGUGCUGUUUGCUCUGAAUGGGGAGCUGACAGGCACCGUGAGUGAGGUGCUGCACCUGGGCAUCAACAAAGAGGUGUGCCAGCCCUACCUGGCCUAUGUCAGGAAAGAGGUGAAGGAUGUCUUCUCUCCCAUCGUGUUCGAGGCUGCCUACAGCCUGGGCCACCAUGUGCUGGAUGGACAGGAGGACAAAGAACUGCCCCAGCUGACCCCUGUGUUGCGCUGGAGGAAGGGAGACAAGAUGGCCCAGAGGAACAAGACGUGGUUUGAGAAGAACUGCUUAUCAGAGGACUGUGCUGCAGAUCUGCGCCUACAGGGGAAACUGCUUCUGUCAGGAGUGCACAGCCAGCCCUACCUAGCCCUGGGAGGGGUGAAGAACAUCUCUCUCAACCUUUCCAUCUUCAACACUGGUGAUGAUGCUUAUGACACCAACAUCUUCUUCAACUUCUCCAGAGAGCUCUAUUUCAUCAAGAUGUGGCAGAAGGAGGAGAAAGGCAUUUCCUGUGAACUCCUAGAGCUGGACUUCCUGAAAUGCAGUGUGGGAUUUCCCUUCAUGAGGGCACAGACAAAGUACCACUUAGCUGUUAUUUUCGACACUAGCCAUCUUUCUGGGGAUAAUGAAACAUUACAGUUUAUAGUUACUGCGAAGAGCGCCAACCCAGAGGAUGAGAGCAAAUUGUCAGACAACACUCUGGAGCUGUCAAUUCCCCUGGUGCAUGAGGUGGACACAACUAUCACUGGUGUAAUUUCGCCCACCUCCUUCGUGUAUGGGAACUCCAUUGAUCCAUCGCGCUUUGUGCAAUUAGAAGACAUGGAGUGCAACUUCCAGCCCCUCAACUUCACUUUCCAGGUGAUAAAUAAUGGACCCAGCAGACUCCCUGGCUCCACUGUCGAAAUCAGGAUCCCUAAUCGACUAGCUGGCAACGGGGCGGAUAUGUUCCACAUCACGGACACUGAGGUAGCUGAGGACAGAGGGAACUGCACUCUUCACAAAAACCCCAUGCCCUGCACGGUACCUCAGGACAGAGAGAGCAUCUUCCACACCAUCUUUGCCUUCUUCACCAAAUCUGGCCGGCGGGUCCUGGACUGUGACAGACCAGGAAGAGCCUGUCUGACCAUCACAUGCAUGUUGGGCUCACAAGCAAAGGAGGAAUCAAUCAGCAUAGAUGUGAAAAUUCUACUAAAUACGGAGAUACUGAAGAGGGAUAGCUCUUCAGUAAUCCAGUUUGUAACACGUGGGAGUGUCCGAGUGGACAGCAGGACGGUGGAGGUGCCCAGUGGCCUAUCAGAAGACACAUCAGUGGUUUUUGAGGCCCUCCACACUCAGGAGCCCAGGGGUUAUGUGGUGGGCUGGAUCAUUGCCAUUAGCCUCCUGGUCGGGAUCCUGAUCUUCCUACUCCUGGCAGUGCUGCUGUGGAAGCUGGGCUUUUUCCGCCGGAGGUAUAAAGAAAUAAUUGAGGCGGAGAAGAACAGGAAGGACAGCGAAGAGAGCUGGGAUUGGGUACAGAAGAGCCAAUGAUCUGCCGCCUUCACUACAGCCACCAUGUGCAGCCUGCCUGCCAGCCAGUGGGCUCCAAACUCUUCAAUCUUCCAUAUGUGGAAGACAAGAAUCUUCUCCAGAUUUUUCGGAGGCUCGAUACUUUUUUGUGGGAGGAAUUUGGGAAGUGGACAGUUGGGGGCUGUUCCUGAGGUGAUCAUGUGACCUGCAAUCAUGUGACCUGCACAGAGGAACUUUGUUCAUCCUAAUGGAUCUGAACACAUAUCCUGAAGGAUUAAGACUUCCAGGGAAGGAUGCUGAGAUCACAAUACUAAUGGACAUGGGAAAAAACCCUCAGGGCUCUGAAUGUUUGAUUAGCAAAUUUAUUUUUUAUACAUAUAUGCUUUUUUUGUAAUGAACACAGCUUCAAGAACUGUUACGUUUAUUUGAACAUUCUGACAGACAUAUCUGUUUUCUUUAAGCACUGAUGACUGAUAAAAGCCAAAGAGUGAUGGUAUGCUUUAAAAUUCUGCCUUUAAUAGCUAAUUAUACACAACGGAGAGGAAAUGACUGAGAAUCAGCUCUAUCUGUGGUGUAUGUUCAGAGCUCCAGCAUGGAAAUCUCUGACUGAACGUGUCCUGCCAGACUGUUCACAUGUACUCUCAGAACUCUCGCUUUGAUUGUGCUGAAGAAGGCUGAGACUGGCUUUGUUUGUGGCAAUACCAGCAUGAAUAACACUGUAUUGGCCAUGCAUCUCCAGUUUACUUUUGAAGUAAAUAAGAACACAGCCUUUCAGGCAUCUCUAGAAUUUUAGGUCUAAAACAAACACCAGAAAAAAAGAGCAAAGCUCCCAGGUUAUUCCUUCAAAGCACCGCUGUUGACUGCAAUUAAGCCCAUUGUCUAAAUGCAGUAAAACAAAACCACUACAGCUAUAGUUAUGUAUUUUACACACUUCUUGCUACUGAAGAAACAGGAAUAGUUAAAUUGCUUGUUAAUUUAAAUGGUUUUUAUGAGAGAUAUGCAUUUUUCUGUCAUCUUUGCUUUUAAUUAUCUGAAUGCCAGUUUGAAAGGCAAAUGAUUCCAACGUACUUUAGUAACUCUUCUUGGGUGCAAAUUUACAAUAUCUCUAAAUUGCUGCCUCUAACCACAGUGUCACACAAUAUUACAGGUUUGGUUUCAUUGUCAAUGUACUAUCAGAAGACACAUUAAUUCAUGUUGAUAUUGUAAAAUGCUCUGUCAUCAGUGAAUUCUCUGCACAAAGCACAGUUUCAAAAACAUGCUUGUCCUCUUUUGUGGUGCUGGUCUGUUUUGAGGGAAGAGAAUGUAUUCUUAGUGUAGUUAGAACCUUCAUUUUCAUUCUGCCUGUUUCAUUCCGUUUAGUGUUUUCAUCCCAAGCAUCAUCCAGGCAAGAGGGGUUGGGUAACCUGUGGU